GCAUGAGAACAUAUCACGUGACUAUGAACUUUUUACAUCAGCAGUCAAAAUGGAAGAUUUUUCGGGUUUCUUGUGUUUAUUUACUUUUCUUUGUGUGUUAAAUUUCCUUUCUGGUGUUGAAAUAGUGAACGUGGAAAGUGAAGUAACUAAAGAAUGUUAUGGAACCCAUGUUGGAUUUGGAAUGUCUGGUAACCAGGACGACCAUUACGAAUCACUCCGCAGGAGAUUCAAAGACUGCACCCAUGUGGAAGGAAAUCUUGAGAUAACUCACGUGGACAAGGCCAUUAACUCUUCCUAUGACAUUAGUUUCCUGUCUUCCAUCAAAGUAGUCACUGGUUAUGUUUUACUGGGACUGUUAGAAGUACAAACUAUUCCACUUAUCAACUUACGAUUGAUCAGAGCAGACAGUACCUACAACAUAAUGGGUGAAGAAUACGGCCUUGUAGUGGCCUUGACCUCUGAAGCCGGAAAUGACCCUAAACGGGUAGGACUCCGGGAACUUCAAUUACCAUCAUUGUUAGAAAUCUCCAAAGGAAAAGUGUUCUUUGCACAGAAUCCUCAUCUGUGUUAUAUUGAUACAAUAGAUUGGGGUUCGAUUGUUCCUGAUAACGAGGGUCCAGUAAAGUAUGGAGAACUGGCUUAUUCUGAUAAUUGUGAGAAGAAAUGUGAUACAGAGUGUGAGGUUGAGGGAGUAAACCGUUGUUGGGGAGAAUCUAGAUUCAUGUGUCAGACAGUGCGGAGCUCACAUUGCCACUCUUCCUGUCCAGGCCGUUGCUAUGACAGUUAUAUAUUAGGUUGUUGCCAUCCAGAAUGUGCCAUAGGGUGUUAUGGUCCAAGCGAUUCUGAUUGUGAGAUGUGCAAGUAUUUCCAGUUCGGUGAUAGAUGUGUUCCUAGCUGUCCGACAAAUGCACGUAGAAUAGGACAAGAAUGUAUCAUGCCUUAAAAGGCAAUCAUGGUUAUAUACAAGGGAGACCACUCACAAUGCAAAUUGCAUGUUACUUCUUUUCGUUUGAGAACAUUUACGGAAACAGUGAAAUCUAUUAUAUGUAUGAAAACACAUCAAUAUAUUUGAUUAGAGACGUAUGGAGCGAUUGAACGAAAACGAGACUGUUAAGGAUGUACAUUUUUUUACACGUUAUACAUAUGAUAGAUUAUGAUCUUAUUUUGUUGUUGUAAAAUGCAUAUGUAAUAUAUCAGGAAUGUACUAUUCAAAACGAACCCAAGACAUUGUUUUAAAAGUAUUAAUGUAUUUUCAAAUUAAAACAUUAAAUUUAA